AACCGACAAAAAUUCCCCCUCUCUAUCUAACUUUGUCCUUUCGAGUUCUCUUUUUUCUUCAACCAAAAAUCAUAGCGCUUCCAUUCAUUUUCUCAAGAAACAAACACAAACCACCAAGCCCCAUAUUCCAGAAUUUUAACUUGAACAAUAAUCUAUUUGUUUCCUCUUUCUACACGCCAAGAAGCAACAAAAACACUCUGUAAUAUAGCUUAAGACUUUACCAUGCAAUUCUUGUUAUCAACUUUUCACACAUAAAAGUUAUAAUCUUGUAUUUCCAGUGCUUUCUUCAAUCCAAAUGGGUACUGCAACAUCAUCUAUGGCGGCCAAGUUCGCCUUCUUCCCGCCAAACCCUCCCUCGUAUACGGUAAUUGUUGAUGAAGCAACUGGGAAACUCAGGAUCUCAGAUGUCCACCAGAGAGACGACGUGGAUGUUUUAAAGUUGAACACCAAAAAAGGAAACGAGAUUAUUGCUUUGUACGUGAAGAACCCAUCAGCUUCACUCACUGUGUUGUAUUCUCAUGGAAAUGCUGCUGAUCUUGGUCAAAUGUUUCACAUUUUCACCGAACUUAGUCUUCAUCUAAACGUCAGCCUCAUGGGGUACGAUUAUUCUGGGUAUGGACAGUCUUCUGGUAAGCCAAGUGAGCAGGAUACAUAUGCAGACAUAGAGGCGGCUUAUAAAUGUCUUGUGGAGAGCUAUGGAGUUAAGGAGGAAGAUAUAAUAUUGUAUGGACAAUCAGUUGGAAGUGGACCUGCUCUGGACUUAGCUACACAUUUGCCUCGACUCAGGGCCGUCAUUCUUCAUAGUCCAAUCUUGUCUGGUCUUCGUGUCAUGUAUCCUGUGAAGAGAACAUUCUGGUUUGACAUUUACAAGAACAUCGAUAAAAUCCCUCUGGUCGAGUGCCCAGUUCUGGUAAUUCAUGGAACUGCAGAUGAAGCAGUGGACUUUUCCCAUGGUAAGCAGCUAUGGGAACUAUGUAAAGAGAAAUAUGAACCAUUGUGGCUCAAGGGAGGGAACCACUGCAAUUUGGAACUCUACCCUGAGUACUUUAGACAUCUUAGGAAGUUUAUAUCAGCUAUUGAGAAAUUACCCCGCCUUCGAAACGUAUCCGAAAAGACAGAAGAUCAAGCAGAUCAGCCCCAGAACUCCACAGACCAGAAAAUGGAGAAGUCAAGGCUGAGCACAGACUACAGAGAAAAGGGUAGGCCUAGCACUGGACAGAGAGAAAAAUCCAGGCUUAGCACAGACAAUAGAGAGAAAUCAAGAGCUAGUACUGACAAGAGAGAAAAGCCAUCAAGAAGAAGCAUUGAUCGUUCAGGAAAGGCAAGGAACAGCUUAGAUCACCCAGAAAGAGCUAGAAAUAGCUUUGACCGGUUUGGAGAUAUGGUGAGGUCAGUUGGACUGUGUAAUGUUGAUUGCUUAAGGCAGACAGCUGCAGAGGUCUGAUGUUGAUUCUCAGUAACUUUUGCUUUUGCGGGCGAUUAUCUUCUUUGAGGAAAAACACAAAUAAUUGCAGCACCAUUGGAGCUGAAAGAGCAGAUGUUUUAUAAUAUAAGCUAUUGUAAAGUUCUGGAUAUCAGCUUAUUUAUCAAUUGAAUCUUCAUAAUUCAACAGAAAAUACUGGCAGAAAGAUUUGUAAUUCUUGAAGUUGUGUCACUCUA